AAUGUAAAAUUGUAUAUUAAAUUAUUUCAGAUAUUAGUGCUCCGAAACCGAACCGAAACCGCAAUGGAGUCUAAUUAUAAUGUUAUUCUGCUGCCCAUUAUAACAGCCGUAAUGCUCUCCUAUAAUCGGCCUGUGACUUUGGACGAGAUCGCCGAUGGAGUUAUUUCACUACUCAGCUCGCAGCGGGAGAAAUUUAGCUCUAUUGCCUCGACUAGUCUGGAGGGCACAUCCGAUUCUAGUUAUGCUAAAAUAUUACCUGCGCAAAGAAGAAAGAAGUGAUUAUUUUGACGCCAUUAAAAUUUUACACUUACAUAUAUUUGGGACACGAUGAAGAUUUUGUAUAUUUUUACGAUUUUAUAAAUGGAACCCAUAUAUUAAAGAGAACAAAAAAUAUUAAA